CUUCCCUUUAUCCUGUUCCAUCACAGCCCAUGUUGAUUGACGAACUCUAUGACCUAGUGCUAGAUGCCAUCUUUGGCUUUAGCUUCAAGGGUGAUGUUCGGGAGCCAUUCUGCAGCAUCCUGAGCGUCCUGAAUGGACUCACCGUGCCUAUCACCAGCAUCGACAUUCCCUCAGGAUGGCGUGUGGAGAAGGGAAACCCUGGAGGUAUCCAACCAGACCUGCUCAUCUCCCUGACAGCACCCAAAAAGUCUGCAACUCAGUUUACUGGCCGCUACCACUACCUGGGGGGUCGUUUCGUGCCACCUGCUCUGGAAAAGAAGUACCAGCUGAACCUGCCAGCCUACCCUGACACUGAGUGUGUCUACCGUCUGCAGUGAGGGACCGUGGGUGGGCAUUCUUCCCAAUAACGCCUCAGUCCUCUC